UCUUCAGCCCCGGUGUUUUUAGCUUCUCUGCUGGGCUGCUGACUUGCUGCUGGAGCAAAGUAUCCAAACCUGUAGCGAAGCUCUCCCAGCAGAGACGGCUGCGAUCACUCCCCACUCCCUCUCCAGUCUGCUCCCGUGCUCUCACUGCCGCUGCCCGCCGCCUGCGCCCGAUCUAACACCGCCCCAGCCCUCCAGUAAAGACAGACCUUUCUUGGCGGAUCUCAAGGAUGGCUUCUCUUGGUAGUUGGGCAGACAAAAAAUGCUGCAAUAACGCGGGGCGGUGUCGGAAUCACUGCAAGAGGACGGAGAGCAAUCAUUCUACGUGCGCCGAUAGGAGGAAGGGUUGUGUGCCUUUUGAUAAGCUUCGGAAGGAGUCCGAGGACAAUUCGACUUUGUCAGAAGAAACAAUGCCUUCAUUAGUCGGAGCCUUGACCACCAGCGCACCUACAGACGACAACCUUUUUACCCCUAAUGCUUUCCUGACUACAGCAGCGGGUGGGGGCAGCGGCAUAGCAACUCCCCCGGCCGCAGCAACCCCAGCCAAAGCAACCCCACCUGCAAAACCCGCCCCCUUCCAAGCUCCCACAGCAGGAGGUGAUUUUAGCGAGGAAUAAGUGGAAAGCAAUGUCAGAGAGCUCGGACUGCCUCUUCCUGGUACCGGAUCAGGGCACCUGUUCAAUUCUGGGAUUCAAUAAAGCAUUUUCGACGAUC